CGACGCACGUUCGACGACGAGUCGAGAGAAGUGCCCUGUGACUCUCGGAUCGCCUCCGAACUUCGGGGCCCCAUUUAGCCGUGAGCCAGUGUGGCCCCCGCACGUCUGAACGCCAGCCUGUUGCUUCUCACUUUUCGUCAAGUUCUUCCGCUUCGGAGACAACAUUUUUCCUUAAAAUCAGUUGAACUACUACAAAAAACGUUGUCCAAUCAGGCACGAUUAAUUAUUCCGUGAUUCCAGUUGCAAUUCGAUCACGACAAAUCGGUGAAGAAAAUUGUGAAAAAUUCGUUAGUGUCAAGUGGUGCUGGGUGAUGAAAAAAGUGAGCGAAUCCCGGAACGUUUUCGAUCCUCGUUGAGUCUCCCAAAUCUCAGUUUCGUAAUCGAAUGCUAAAUUUCGUCAAAAUAAAACCAAAUUACACAAAAUUAUUGUCAUUGUGAAAAUUGCACGGUGCUUGAGAAGCGAGUAAAAGGUUUUGUCCGUGCCCCUCGAUUAUCUCAGUGCCUUCCUUCCUGAGAUUGUUCAAUUGAAGAAAAUCACAGGGCAGAACGAAGGGCCAUCGCUAACAAGUGCUCGCCGUCGUCGUGCCUUUUUUCCAUCUUCCAAAAUCCCGUUUCAAGACUUCCCCAAAAACUGCUAUAACAGAAAUUUCGAGUUUGAACAACCGAAUAAUUUCACCAGCUGAAUAAAGUGUUGGAAUUUGCAGAAACUGCUAUUCAACCUGCUCCAACUGAUUUCCGUGCGCGGAUGAUUUAGUGUCCAGUAAACGUUUACCAGGUGGAUCGAAACGAGGGAAAAUAAUUGGAUGUGUGUAUGUAGGUGAAAAGUGCAAAGUAGUGAAGAAGAAGAAUAAUAAACAAGGAAAGGAACCGGAGUAUAAAACAACCGUUGCACGCCCUCGUUAUCCUCUUCCCAUUUUACUUCUCUCUGUCGUAAUACUUCAAUCCCAUUCAGACGGCGAAAAGUCAAGGCUUUCCCCCCUCCCUCUUCCCCCACUGCCUCUCUUCUCAUUGAAAUCGUGCAAGGAUAUUGUGACAGGCAAAUGGAUAAGAAACGAAAAAAUUGUGCACGAAGACUCGGUCAAAGGAACAGGUUUUCGAUCGGCUAAAUCUUUUCCGGCUCCUCGUCGCGCGGCUUCCUCAAUUCCGAUGCCGCUGAUCCCAUACGAUUAUUAAGUUUCUCAAAACGCGCGAAGAAAUCUCCGUUAUGCCGGCGAUGUCGUCGCGAGAAAGUCUCUCUGGUCCGCACUCAAUUUCGGAGGAUCACAGCGGAUUUUGAACGAUUCAACAGCACGCUGCUAUCAGAAUCGGACGAUAAAAAUUCCGGUUCUGCGGAAGAAUUAAAACGGUGAAGGCCGAAAGUGUCGUCGCAGAGAAUGGAAGAAUCGUGACUCUCGUCCCGGUCGCUGCUUGGACUACGAACUAGUCACUCACGUGGACCGUAAUUCAGCAAUUCUCUUCGCAUGAAUUUAACCUUUCGAUCCUAUCCAUGGAAUAUUCCCGAAUAAACGAAUCACUCGGAAACCUCCAAAUUUCAAAUACCAAAUCAAGAUGGACGUGAGAAGGAUCGUUCGAACGGGGGAUCCGAUCGCAGCUCCAGGAUCGGGUGUUUCAGGGAUCGCGAAAUCGGAGCCGAAAGUUGGAGGAUUUAAAAUUGAAGCAUGUUGCUCCCGGUGACGUAAGAGCGAAUCGAGGGUUGGUCGAGAGUGAUGCGAAGGAGACGCGGCGUCGGGAGCGCCGUCGUUGGCCUGACGUUGGGCCUGUUGAUCGGGAUCGCCUGGCGAGCUGGCGAUCUUCGCAAUAACGUGACGAUGGCGAAUAACGAGGAGGAAGAAACGGGGAGUAACAUUCGCGAGGAAGGAACGACCUUCGGGGAGGAUUGGCAGAAGGAGGAAGAGCGAAAAACGAGUUUGGUUUACGUCGGUGUGAUGACAGCGAAGCAGUAUUUGGGGACGAGGGCGAAGGCGGUUUGGGAGACUUGGGGGAAGGAUUUGCCGGGAAAAAUCGAAUUCUUUUCCUCCGAAUUUUCAAGCGUUCCGGACAACUGCACCGAUCUGCCAUUGGUCCCACUGCCCCGCGUCACCGACGUUUAUCCCCCCCAAAAAAAGUCUUUCCUCAUGUUACAAUACAUGUGGAAAAAGUAUCGCGAUCGCUACGAAUGGUUCGUCCGCGCCGACGACGACGUCUACGUAAAAGCCGAUCGUUUGGAAAAAUUUCUGAGAUCGGUCGACUCGAGAAAGCCAAUGUACAUUGGCCAAGCCGGACGAGGAAAUGCCGACGAAUUCGGCACUCUCGCCCUCGAGUACAACGAAAAUUACUGCAUGGGCGGUCCGGGCGUCAUCAUUUCGAGGGAGACGCUCAACAGGAUCGUUCCGCACAUCAAAUAUUGCCUGAAAAAUCUUUACACCACUCACGAGGACGUCGAACUCGGUCGCUGCGUCCAAAAGUACGCCGGAAUCCCUUGCACUUGGAGUUACGAGAUGCAGACGAUAUUGCAUCACAACGGGAACGAUGAUGCUUUUACUGGGAAUCUUAAAAGGAAAGAGAUUCAUCGAGCCAUUACGUUGCAUCCUGUUAAAAAGCCUCCGCACAUGUAUAGAAUUCAUAAUUAUAUGAGAGGCCUCAGGAUUCAGGAGCUUCAACAAGAGAGAGUGCGACUGCACAGGGACGUUGGUACAAUGUCGAGAGAACUGGGCAUGGGUAUUGACGACUUCAAGAAACGUCCUCUCGCCAAAAACGUAACACUUUUUCCCAACGUUCCUGAUUUCGAAAAUUAUCCCGGCGACACCAAAGUUUUGGGACUUCCAGCAGGAUUGCGAAGUUUCAGGCCGCGAAGGAGCCGCGAGGUGAUACCGUGGGAUUUUUAUUCGAGGUCGGAAUUCACUCUCGGGGAUUUGAAUCCCCGACGAAGAGUCCACAGCGACGUUAAAGAGGGUCUCGACGAAAUAACUCGCGAGGUCAUGGCAUCGAUUAAUUUGUACUCUCGACAACGCGGCAGAAUCGUUGAGGAACGCUCCGCUCUUUACGGCUACAGACGCGUCGACGCCUACGGCGCGGACACGAUACUCGAUCUUCUUCUUGUCUACCGGAAGUACAGAGGCCGUAAAGUCACUCUCCCGGUCAGGAGACACGUCUAUCUCCAUCAGCAUUUUACUGGUUUGGAAAUUCGUGAAGUGGUUGAUUGCGUGGAAGUGGACCGAGAGGAGCGUCCUUCGAAAAAGUCUCGUUUGGGUAUAUUCCCAGCAGGGUUUUUGAGCUUCAACGGCGACGAGGCCGCAGCAGAUCCGCUCAGAAGCAAAAGAAUAAAAUUCAUACUGCCGCUGGCAGGGAGGUUCGCGAUAUUCGAGAGAUUUUUGAAGAACUACGAGGAGAUUUGUUUGCUGAGGGAUCAUCAAACGGACCUCGUGGUAGUUCUUUAUCGUCGCGAGGACGACGACUCUUAUUACAAGACUUUGGAUCUCAUUGAGAAAAUGAGAUACAAAUACGGAUACGAUAAAAUCACUGUUCUGGAAGGUGACGGAGAGUUUUCUCGAGGGCGAGCCCUCGGUUUGGGCGUUUCGCGAGCCGAGGACAAAGAAUUGCUCUUCUUCGUCGACGUUGACAUCGUUUUCACGGCAUCGGCGCUCGUCCGGAUUCGAUUGAACACCGUUCUCAAUCGACGCCUCUAUUUCCCGGUGGUUUUCAGUCAGUUCAACCCGAAAAUCAUCCACAAUCAGAACGAGAAAUACAAUCACUUUGCGAUCGAUGAAAAAAGUGGCUUCUGGCGACAAUUCGGAUUCGGUAUCGUGUCCAUAUACAAAGAAGAUUUCCGCGAAAUCGGCGGCUUCGAUCUCACCAUCAAGGGUUGGGGCAAGGAGGACAUUGACCUCUACGAAAAGGCGAUUAAAUCGAAGAUCAACGUUUUCCGAUCACCCGAUAAAAAUCUCAUUCACGUCUAUCACGAAGUCGAGUGCGACGAGAAGCUCAUCGACCCUCAGCUAGCCAUGUGCAAAGGUACCCGCGCUGACAUUUAUGCCAACACCGAAGUACUCGCUCAAAUCAUUUACGACCAUCCGGAGUAUCUCAGAUUCGCCAAAUCGCGGAUUCCCAAUCUGACCAAUUCCGCUGGAUAAACGUCAACGAACGUCCCACUCGAGCCUCCUUUUUCCGCUCUCGUUCUUCGCUUUCAAUCGUAAAGGAAAGCGAUAUUUUUCUAAAUGUGAUAAUAGGACUCAUGACUUAAGCUCCUCGAGUGAAUCAACGGGGAUUGACGAAGAGCUGAUUAAUAAGAAAAUCAUUCUUUUCGUUUAUCAGCUCUCGGAGUACAGUUUUCGUUGAAAAACCCACUGGGUCUGCGGGACCCGGCCUCAACAUGCUUGGAAAGCUAUUCGGACCGUCGAGCAAAAAUCGUCCAAGUUUCUUCAUGAAACUGCACGAGUGUUCUGCCCUUGUCGCGGGUCCCUCAGACCCUCGAGAAUACUCCGGGAGUCCGUUUCGAAGAAUUUUUAUUGUAAAUACGUCGCUUUGUAAAUAUUUACUUUUCUAAUUACCAGGGCGAACUAGACUUUCGUAUAUGAUAGUGGAAAACGAAAUGAUUUAAAUGAGAUCAGAAUUUAUAAUUAAUCGUAAAAAGGCCAAAACAGAAGGAUUAUCGUAAAACAGUUUCAAAAUUCAAAUAAUUUCCAAAAAAAGAAACAACACCAACGAUUGCAAUUGUUUCGAGCAAUUUUUAAAUUUUUUUUCGUGAAAUCAAAAUUUUAGAGCUUUAAAUAAUAGCGAAUAAAACAAAAAUUAGUUGAAUUUUUUUCAAGAAUCACCAUCGUCGUAUUGGACGAUUGAAAACGUAUAAAUUUGUCAAACGAUUUUCUAUUGUAUCGUCGGGCCUCUCCAGUUCUCAAUUUGCAAGGCUGUUCUCUUCCUACGUUAUUCAGCUUGCUCUUUUACACUGAUUUUUUCUCAAGCAUUGCGCAACGCGACGACAAAUGCUCGGAUACACCGACGAAUUCCACGAAGCCUCGUAAUAAUAUACGAGAGAACUCUGUACCAAUUUAUUGUCUCGGAAUCCCGAUGAUUUUGCAUGUUUUGUUUCCCCACGAAAAAUCUCCUGAUAAGCAAUAAUUUGUAGCGCGAAACCCAUCGAGUGCCUCUGCGAGAACGCGAUAAGAUCCGUCGAAUCGUCAUUACUGAUGAGAAUUGAACGAAAAAAACGUGCAUAUUAUAUAAAACCGAAAAUUUAUCUUCACACGCACAAUUUUGAGGAGGAGAAAUUCGUGAAUGCGCCAAGGCCGUUUGGAGUUGCAAAGACUUGCGACAUUUGGAGACACGUUGAUUAAUAUUAAGGUUAAAAUUAAGUAGCAAAUCCACUAGGAAAUCAAGGGUAAAAAUUGAAUGAAUCGAAUGAAGUUAUUUUCGUUGCUUAUCAAUAAGAAAAUAAGAUUUUCUUGCUGGAAUUCAAUCCCAUGAUCGAGAACUUAACCUCGAAAUUUAUAAGCCGCCAUGACAGUUGCGACGCGAGCGCCACAUCGUAGAAAUUGUCUCGUUUCACUUAUUCCAAUGGUUAUUAGAAUUAAUGCGAUACGAACUAAUUGGAGUAACGUAACGUCUCUGUCUAGUCAAUACGGCCAUCUUGGACGAGAGUCUAACAAGUGACAUUAAUUACGGAAUUAGUUUUUUUAUGAGUAUGAAAGGACAUACGAAAUCUCUGUAUACGAAUCUACUAUCCAUUCCUACCUUUAACUAUCUUUCAUUAUGAUGACUUUAAAUGCGAAAUACGAUCUGAUUGUGAAUGAGUAAUUGUCAAAAGUUGUGUAUACGCAUCACGAGACUUUUGAAUAAAACUGUUGUGAAUUA